AUGAGGGAGCCCAUCCCCUCCACCUUCAAGCCGCCCAGCAUCAAACGCUUCAACGGCCAAGGCGACCCGCAAGAGCACAUAAUGACUUAUCAGGCCACCAUGAUGCUAAUGGGAUCUUCAGAGGCCAGGAUGUGUAGAGCCUUCUUCUCCACUCUUGUUAACCAGGCACAACGCUGGUUCACGAGCCUCAAGGGCGGCACCGUGGACUCUUUCCAUGACCUGGCCGUGAAGUUCAUUACACACUUUAUGAUGGGGAGAAAGAUCCGGAAGCAUUUCACUCACCUCACUACGGUGAAGCAGGGAGUUGGAGAAUCUUUAACUGACUUUCUGGUCCGCUGGCGGGCAGAGGAAGCAAACGUAGAAGACAUAGACGACAAAUCGGGCAUGGUCAUGUUUGUCGAUGCCCUGAGGGCAGGGGAUCUAUACAAAACCCUGCGACGCAAAACCUCAGAUACCUACGCGGCGCUAAUGGCGAAGGCCGACAGGUAUGCUGAAGCCGAGGAAGCAAAUCGACUGAAAGGGUACGAGGAAGAAGCUCCCUCCAAGAGGCCCCGACCGACCGAGGAACCUGCUAGGCCGGGGAAGAGGGGGGCGAACCCCCUCGUGGAAAGACCUACCGGGGGAAGAGGAAAGGCAGACACCAGGGACAUAGCGGCGGCACAUAGGACACCCCGCCGUGGGCGCCCCGCCCACCCAUGA